CCCCCCCCCCCCCCCCCCCCCCCCCCCCCACCCCCCCCCCCCCACCUGUCGACCUACCUGCAUGCCCCACUUCACACACAAAUGCAGUCUACCCUGAUCACACCCACCUGGCCUCCACAUAUAUGUCACACAUGCACUCAUGCACUCAUUGGAUGACCUUCGGCAGGUCCCCCUCAGGCACCUGAACCUGCACACAUACACAACACACACCCGCACCCAUCGCUCGCUCUUGUUUCCGCGACUCACAUCCCCUUCCCCCUCCCCCCACUCGUCAGGCACUUACAUGGAAUCGGCGGUCAUGUCGGUGCUGUGCGGGUCGUGUCAGUGCCCAGUACAUGGCCCACGACCGCGACAAACCCUCAUCGAACGGACACCGACCGUGCGUGAGGUACCACAAGGCCCUCCCGCUGAACCAAAGAACACAACACACAGUCACACUCUGACACAGAGUCACAAACACCAAAACCAACUCAUUGCACCUCCCCGCCCACCUACCUGUCAAUAGCACCACCCAAGUUGGUCAUGAUGACGGACGUCCAUGCCGACCAUUUGGAGGGGUCGUCGCCCACAACGGGCAGGUGCCUCAGCCGCAGCGACCACUCCUCGGCCACGAAGGCGGCGGGCCGGAUGAACGACAGUGCCGGUGUGAAGGGUAUCAUCUGUAUGCCGUGGAUGGCCGGCGGGUCGCUGCUGAACCACGUGCUGUACGACACCUUGUUCUGCAGAAACACUCCAGACACCUGAAAUGAAUGGAUGGCAUCAAGGAUCCACGCAACUUAAAGCUCAUCAGCGGGGUGUCUCUGUCGCCCGCCCCUCUCACGUAUGUACCUACCUUGUUUUGCCAGUAGGUGGCGGGGUGGUUGGCAUUGCCGUUGCUGAGCAAGAAAUACGACGACACGCUCACUCUGUCGAUCGACACACCAGACAGACAAGACACACACCAACCACUAAGAGACGGCAGUGCGGUGCAGUGCAGCUGCUGCGGUGUACGGUACGUCGCUCACUUUUGUAUGGCCAUCAUGGUUCUGGCCAGCAGCGCCAUGCGCGGCGCAUUCACGACGCGACUCCACAGGUGAAGCCCGUACAGGUAGUUGACCCCCUCCGACACCGAUUCCUGGUCCUUACCUGCAGGCAAAUGAACAGUCAGUCCAUCGACCAGACCACACACAUACAGAAAGUGUGUUGCCUGCCUUGUGUUGUGCUGUGUCGUGUGUGUGUACCGUCAGCAGCGGCUAGGAUGCCCUUGGCCCACGAGUGGCCGUCGAACCAGUCGAAGUAUCGAAAGGGGGGAAAGUACACAUCUGCACCAGAUCCCUCGCCACUUUUGGUGUCCGCCACAUCAGAGGUAGCUCUAGCUCCUGCUGCUGCCGACGGAUUGGACACAUCCCGGAUAAGCGCCCACACGAAAUCCCUAUUGGCCCGCUUCUCCACCCAAGAAGGAUUCAGGUGGGCCAGCACGGCUGCCGCGGUGAUGUGAUAGCCAAAGUGGUAAUGGUGGUCGUUGAAGACCGCGUUGCCGAAGUCGAACUCGCCAAGCACCAAGGUGGCCGAGACGUUUGGGGAUUUCCCCGCCCUCCAGUUGCCGUCCGUCGGGAGGGAGGCUAUCCCGCCCCACGUGGCGUCGUAGCGGAGAGCCGGUGGGGUGGGGAGGCUGAUGUCACACGCCCCUGUGUCCGAUAUGGUGUUCUUCAUUGUGCAAGCCAGGCGACGUUCCAGCUCGUGCAAGCACUGCACACAACAGACGGACAGCCGUGGUCGCAUAUCCCAUUGCAGGGAUGGAUAGAUAGAUAGAUAGGUGGAUGUGUCAGUCCGCCGUCCCUCGAGGGGCGGACUGCCCCUCGACGUACCUACCUACCUUUUGUGUGGUGAAUGCCUUUGGCCCCAGCAGCUCCCGCGCCAAGAGGCAGAGAGACGCCACCUUCUGAUUCACCUUACCAGAGAAAUACCUGCAUGUCACACACACAACACACCGAUAGUUGCAAGCCGGCCUCCCUCGCUCCCUCGCUCCCUCGCUCCCCCGCUCCCUCGCUCCCUCCCCCCGACAAGCAACCAACCCCACCAUGUGUCGGGCAUGUUAGGCUGCGCACUGAGGUCGUUGACGUCUUCCUUCAGCUGCCACACCACCGCACUCCGAUUGGCCCUCAUCGGGCCAGCAGGGAGGUACCCCAGAUGCUCCGCGACAGACGGCAGCUGUGCAUGUGUGAGGUGUGUCUGCCAUGUGGACCCCAUGAGAGCCGUCAUGGUGCCCUUGGUGGGGCUCUCCAGCUCCACUAUGCUGACGCUGACGGGCAGGGAGGGCGAAGGGAUGAGGCUGGCACGUCCGUUGAAGGCCACCGGCACCUCAGACGCGUUGGCUGGCCGCCGUAGGGGGCCCAUGAGGGAGAGCUGGUGCGGGAAGGCGAAGUGCAGGAGGGGACGGGCUGACGGGGACGGCAGGGACACCCAGUCCACGCUGCUCACCUAGGUAUGUACAGACAGGGAGAUAGGUACCACACACAUGGAUACAUACACCGUCACACAUGAAUGAAUGGUCCCGUAAGGUCACCCGCUCGCUGACCUUCCACUGGAACUCCACAAUCACCUCCCCGCCUUCGUUCUCCUCUCUCAUCGCCUCAGGGCUGGCCGCCACCCGCAGCUCGCCACCCGUGGGCCAGAAGAGCACAUGGCGGUCGAGGGUCGCCUCGUACCUGGCCUCGUACGUCUGGCUGUGGUCCUCAUCUGAGGUGUAGUUGGUGACAUUGUCGGGCUCCAGCUGCAGGGCGAGAGAGGGGUGGUGGCUGGGAAGGGGUGUGUUAGGCGUUUCUCGUGUGCGGUGCGACGGAUUGUCGGUGAGGACAUUCAUCUGUCGGUAGACGGGGUAGCCGGCCGUGUUCUCCUGACGCCACUUGUACUCGUCCAAAUCACGUGGCGGACCUGCAGGCAAUCAUAAAAUCGGUGUGCGCUGCGCUCAUUGAUAGAUCCAUCCAUCCGCUAAGUACCUCUGAUAAGGUCAAAUUCGAAUGGCGUCAUGGUUUGGGGUUCGUUCCAGCUCUGUUCGAAGCGCCAUUUCUCAUAGAGGGCCGACGUGUCUGUGGCGAAGGGCAGGUGGGCCACACGCAAUACGCCACUCCAACCGGCCCGACUCAGACGAAGCACUGAAUGGCACAACUCAACACACGACAGACAGAGGGGCAAGGCCCGUCCCGUGCAGCCAGCCAGCCAAUGUGUGCAUUGACUGCAUUCCUGUUGGCCUCUUACUUACCGUCCCCCGCUGAGUGUUCAUACAUGGACCCGGUGCGGCUGUUGUCCCAUGUGAGUGGCGGAGGGGAUGAGCCGCCCGCAUGUGUGUCUCUGGAGAUGCCCCAGACCUUCCACGCCUUGUGGUUGCCCGACACGAUGACCCAGCAUGACACUUCCGCUGCCGAGGGGUCGACAUCGAGAGCCACGUCAUUCAACGCUGCCACGCAUCGCAUCCAGACGGAAAAUGAGGCAGGCAAUGUCUGUCUGCAGGCGUACCUACCUGCCGGUCUGAUUUUCUCUGUCUGUCUGACCUGCGUACCUACGUACCUUUGCUGCAGUCUCUUGGUAUGAUUGCGCGGACUUGUGGCCAGAAGUGCAUCACGGGGGUGCUGUUCCAGUACUCGACCGUCACAUACGCCAUGCCCUGCACACCACACCACACCGCAGUAUACACACACAUGACACCAUAUGUAUGUAUGUAUGUAUGUGUUUGUCUAUGUACACAGUAAGUGCGAUGCGAUGCCCACGUACAGUACACGCCCAGCCCACCUGACCUGCACGAUGGGUACAGUCAUGUGUGGGUAUGAUCCGGUCGAAGAGUUUGUCGCGUUCGCUGCCUCCACCGCCCCUCCGAACGUGACCGUCGCGCCAAACAGAUCGUGGCCGCUCACCACAUACUGACACAGACACAGACAGACAGACAGACAGACGGACAGACAGACAGGCAGGCAUGGACGCAUCAACGGCGGCGGCCGUAAGUCCACAUACCACAUACACUCCACCUAACCUGUGUGAGUAUUUCGUCAGCCCGUAUGAGGACGUCGGGUGUGAGGGGCGUCACGUAGGAACCGAUGCGACCAAACGACGAAUUCGACAACCUAAGAAACAAACAAGGCAAGCAGCAAAUAAGAGUCAGUACAGGCACACAAGCACACAUGCCGGCCGCCCCCCACAAUCCAAUCUCCCCCACCGAGUGAGUUUCUUCUGGUCAAAGCUGACUUGGAUCCCAUAGCCAGUGUCACUCCUGCCACCUGCACGCACACGUCAGGUCUGUGACGGAUGAACGGACGGCCGAUGGAUGGACGGAUGGGUUUCUGCAGACAGACCUUUGCUGCCUACCGAGGGAUUUGGUCGGGGUCUCUCUGCUGGGCAUGAUCUUGAGCGCAUACGGCAGCGGGUAGACAGGGGCAGGCACAGAGGCAUUGCCGUCACGAAGCAACAAGUUUGCCCAAAACCUGAUCACACAAAGACAGACAGACGUACACAUCCGAACCACACACCCGCCAGGCAGCCAGGCAGCCUCCCCCACUUGUUAGUCGGCAUCGCUCCAGGGUAGAAGACCGUCGAGGCGACGCUGCUGUUGUGUUUAGUCAGCGCCUCUUCAAGCACACCAGACGACCCAUCGGCUCUCACCCAGGUGGCAUUGGAAUCAUCUGCAGAAGUGCCAUUCAUCAGACGGUAAAUGCCGGACGGCGACCCGGGCGCCCUCUCGUGCCUGACAGACAGACCGACACGCCAGACACACGUGACCACUUGCCGCUGAUUGACCCUCCCCUCCCUCCCUCUCUCCCUCCCUCACAUGAGCAGAGCCGAAUGGACAUUUCGCGGCCGUGGCGGCAUGAAGAACGGGUCGGCAUCAUCGCCCGACGCGUCAUCUGCCUCGCGGCGUUUGAAUGGCUUGAACACGGAUGCGUCCGGCCUCUGGGUGUCUAUCGGCCUGUGUGACCAAAACACAAAGCAGCAGAGCAGUCAGUAUGUGUGUGCCAGUCUCUCGCUCGUCGCUUGGCUGCUCACUCGAGCAGGUUGAUGUAGUCGGCAGGGAUGGGCGACGCCACGGCAGUGAGUGAAGGUCCCUCGCCCACCGUCUUGUCGGCGCUGUGCAAUGCUCCAGUGCAAAGCAGCGGCGCAAGGCACGAGAUGAACAGGGCCGGGAGGAACGGGACCGCCAUCGAAGCGGCCGGCUAUAUCACCGCAUCACUCACCUGGACAGAUCCACCAUCGCGUCACCUUGUCGCCGAUCACCACAUUGAAGUUAUACGCCAGCUUGCAGAUCUGUUGCAGGACUUAGAACAGCC